UGAUUGAAGACUAAUGUCCAAUAGAAGGAAUAAUAACGAUCGUAAUCUAAGAGGCUCAAAUGAGCCGAUAAUGGAAGAAAUAGAAGACUCAGAACCUACGAAGAGACCUGAAAUGGGCGGAGAUAGCUAUGACCAAGAUUUUGAAGAAGAGAUUCCUGAUAGUUCUCGUGGAAUGAGAAAUGGACCUGCAGGGCAGACUAAGUCACCUUUGUUUAAAUAAGUCCGCAAAACCAAAGAUGGGCAAGACUAAUAAUGCUUCGAUUUCUGGCAUGAAAUCUAGCAAGAGGAAAGGAAGAACUUCUUCUCUGAUCAAACCUGGUAUGGGAAAUCCUGCGAUAACAGAUAAAUUCAAAUUGAAAUCAAGGAGCAAAGAUAGGACAAGUAAGAAGGACAAAUUCGUUCGAGGAUCUAUGAACACUCAAACUGCAACACAUUUUCCAAAGAUGACUAAAGGAGCAAUGACCAGGUCUCAGCCUUCAUUUCUGACAAAGGUUGCUCUAAAAGGCCACAAAAAGGCACCAAUGCAGAUUAUUGAAGAAACAAUCGCUAAGGCUAAAUCCAGGAUGGAGAUUGUUCACAAAAAGCGAGAAAAAGCUAAUGAUGCUGUAGACCAUGACGAUAAGGCUGCUUACUUGAAGGAAGAGUCCAAUAUCCUAGGAACUGAACUGAAAAACUUGAAUACUGCUCUCAACCUCUUUAUUGAGCAGAUGAAAGAUAUCAAGUUAAAGAGUGCCAAGAAGGGGCUGGAGCCAGAAGAAGCAGAAGAACGUAAGAGAAUUGUGAAGGAAAGAGAGAGUGAGAACUAUGACAAACUCACCAGGAACCUGAUGAAGGAGCACAAUAAGCUAACCAAUAGGCUAGAAGUUGUCUCUAACCCACAGUAUAUCUUUGAUCUCAAGGAGAAGGUCGGAGAGAUGAGCAAUUAUGUGAAGGACUUGAAGAAUAAUAAGAAAAAGUUGGAGAAGCAAGAGAAGAACAGAGAUAAGGAGCUUAAUUACAUGCUCAACAAGGGAGGAGAAAUUGGCCAUAUGAGGAAGAUCAAUGACACCCAUAAUUCACUUAACGUUACAAGACAGCAGCUUUCCAAAGUAAACGCUAGAUUGGAAAAACUCGAGGAAAUCAAAGAAAACAACGGUCAGCAGAUCUCUGUCCUCACGGAGAAGCUCAACGGUCUAGAGACUAUAGCUCAGAGGCAUAACAUCGACAUCGAUUUGGUAGCAAAAGAGGUUGAGAAGAAGCAUGAUUACGAUGACUAUGAUGCUCACAAGAAAGAACUGUUGCAUAAGAAGUCCAUCUUAGAUAAUGCUAUUAAAGUUCAAAAGAAAAAGUAUCAACAAAUAUUUGUGCUAGAGAAGAAAAAGUACGACCAUCUCUGCAAAGAGAAGCAGGAGAUGGAGCAGCUGCUUGAAGAAAGAGACAAAGAGGCCAAGGACAAGAAAGUCCUAAUCGAUGAUCUUAAGAUCAAGUAUGAUAGAUACAAGACAGAGAUGAAUUUUAAUAAGGAGAAAGAUUCAACUUCUAAGUCAAAGAAAGAUGAUCAGAGCAAGGCUACAGAUAGAAGUAAGAAUACAGGCAAAGCUAAAGAUGAUGAAAGCAAGCACGAGUCCCAGAAGGAUGAUAGGAGGGAUAAGGAUAGCAGAGCUGAUAGUAGAGCACAUACCGAUGGUAAGAGUGAUGCAAGUGACCUGAAGAGCAGAGAGUCUAGAGCUCAUAGUAGGAGAAAAGAAAAGAAAGACCCAAGUUCACCCAAGAGGUUAGAGAGAAAUAAGUUGAUGAAGAGAAGCAGAGAUGGAUCCCAUAGUAAAGGAUCAAGGAAGUCUUCAAGGACUUCUUCAAAGAAAUCCUCAAGGAAAUCCUCAAGGAAGUCAUCAAGAAAAUCGUCAAGAAAAUCUUCAAGGAAAUCAUCAAGCAGAUCAUCAAGGAAAUCAUCCAAAAAGUCAUCUAGAAAGUCAUCCAGAAGAUUGUCCAGAAGAUCGCCCAGAAAAUCAUCCAAAAGAUCUUCCAGAAAAUCGUCAAAAUCAAAGUCAAGAAGCAACUCCAGGAAGAGUUCAUCAAGAGACCAUAAAUCCCCUAAAAGGAUGUCUCCGAAAGCCAAAGCAAAGCCCUUCAUGAAGAAAUCUCCAAAGAAAGACUCAAGUAAGAAGCAUUUCCCUAGAAGAGACUCCUCUGAGAGAGAGUUAAGAAAGAAGAAAGAUAGCGAUAAAAUUUAUAGAAAAUAAUCAAUUCUAGAAGACAU